AUGAUUCAAAAGGCUGGUGCAGCAUUACUAGAUAAAAUUGGUGCUGCUAUACUAUUAACUCAUUCACAAAGUGGAAGUUUUGGAUGGUUAAUUGCUGAUAUACGACCGAAUCUCGUUAAAGCCAUAGUUUCUAUCGAACCAAAAGGACCUCCAUUUCGAGAAGCUGUUUUUUCAAAUAAAUCAUCUCGAUCUUGGGGCAUUACAGAUAUCCCAAUAGCAUAUGAUCCUAUUGUAAAUUCAUCAUCGGAUCUUUCGACUGUUGAAAUACCAUCAAUACAUGAAAAUUAUACAUCUUGUAUUCUUCAAAAAACACCUGCUCGUACAUUAACUAAUCUUGUUAAUAUUUCCGUUUUAAUAGAAACAUCUCAAGCAUCUUAUCAUGCUGUUUAUGAUCAUUGCACCGUUGAGUUCUUACGACAAGCAGGUGUUAAAGUAGAUUUCAUUCGACUUGAAGAUAUAGAAAUUUAUGGAAAUGGUCAUAUGCAAAUGAUGGAAAAAAAUAAUUUACAUAUUGCUGAUAUUCUUCAUCAAUGGAUUCGAAAGACUGUGCAUAUUGAAUGA